AUGGGGCAAACCCUGUCGUCCUUGUGGUCGUAUUGGUUCCCCAACAAGGAGUACCGGUUAGUGAUGGUGGGGCUGGACAAUGCUGGCAAAACGACCACUCUCUACAAAUUGUUGCUGGGAGAGGUGGUGGUCUCGCAACCGACUGUGGGGAGCAACGUUGAGCAGAUUCCCUACAAGAACUUGAUAUUCGAGAUAUGGGACCUGGGAGGGCAGGCGAACCUGAGGGCAUCUUGGCCGGCGUACCUCAGGUCCACAGACGCUGUUGUCAUGGUCGUGGACAGCACAGACAGGGCUCGAAUAGGGAUAACCAAGGCUGAACUUUUUACCCUCUUGGUCAACAAGGACAUCGUCAAUGUUCCAGUCCUGGUUCUGGCCAACAAGCAGGACCUGAAAGAUGCGAUGGAUCCAGCAGAGCUGUCCCAGGCCCUCGCGCUGCACACCAUCAGGCAACAUGACUGGCACAUACAACCUUCGUGUGCUGUGACUGGUGAGGGCCUCUUGGAUGGGCUGGGGUGGAUAGCUCAAAAGUUGAAAAGUAGGCAAGUGGCAAUGCAGUAA